AUGGUUUCGCCAGCCGACGUAAAAAAGCACACUGUUGCAUCAUUGGGAGUAGUUCCGGUUGGGAAAACACCGGAUAAGAUUCAGAAUGGCAUAGACUUCUACAAGUAUUUCUUCACAAAUCAUCCGGAAGCUCGCAAAUACUUCAAAGGUGCUGAGAACUUCACUGCUGAUGAUGUUCAGAAAAGCGAAAGAUUUGAAAAACAAGGCAACGCUCUGCUCCUGUCUGUGCAUAUUCUGGCUAACACCUACGAUAAUGAGGAGGUGUUCCGUGCAUACUGCCGCGAUCAUACUAACAGACACGCAGCGAAAGGAAUCGACCCUCAUUAUUGGAAGAGUUUCUGGGGUAUCUGGAUGGGAUUCCUAGAGAGCAAAGGUGCAACUCUGUCUGGAGACCAGAAGGCAGCUUGGGAAACCCUUGGCACAAUGUUCAACGAGGAAUGCCAGUCGCAUCUGUCGAAGCUCGGACUGCCUCAUGCAUAA